AUGCUGAAGAAACUGAAUGAGAAGAAGCAGGAAAGGGAACAUGAACAAGAAAAGGUUGUUGAAAGACUCUGCAAUCUAAAACCCAUUGAAAUGAAAGGAAACGGUGGAGCAGAGUUUGAACUUGAAAUGUCACUUCGAGACCCUACAAGCAAAAUCUUCUUAUAUAAGGAUGGCGUUAUGGUUCCUUUCGAUGUCGACACAGAAGUGAAACAUGGCCUGAAGCAAGUGGGGAAGAAGUUUGUGUUCAGCAUCAAUGGCAUUAACCCAGAAGAUGCUGGAUUAUACCAAGUGGAAGUUGACGGAGUUAAGAUCUUUUCGACUGAUUUGAAAGUUCCCAGUAUAGACUUCCUCGUGAAGAUUCAAGACGUGAAAGCAGAAGAAAGAGAAGAUGCCGUGUUCGAGUGUGUCAUUUCGCAACCAAUGAAAAAAAUCACCUGGAUGGGAAAGAAUAUUCCACUGGAACAAGGAGACAAAUAUGACAUAAUUGUGUCAGAAGAUAUGCUGAUUCAUACUCUAGUAGUGAAGGACUGCCUUCUGUUGGAUAAAGGAAUUUAUGCAGCUAUGACCGGACUUAAAUCUUGUAGUGCCUGGCUCAUAGUGGAAGACCCAGGGGUGUACUUCACCAGCGGUCUCUCAGACAUCAAUGCGAUCAUUGGUACGGAGUCGGAGCUAGUAUGCAGACUUAGCAGUGAGGACUGUGAAGGUGUCUGGUACAAAGACGGAAAUAAGAUAACAAGUACAGAAGAUAUGUGUAUUGUUAACGAUGGGACUUACCGCAAGCUAGUGUUCAAAAACUGCAAAGAAGAGGAUGCUGGGAAGUAUCGAUAUGAAGCUGAUGGUCGUAAAACUGAAGCUUUGCUGGUUGUAGAAGAUCCUCCAAGAAUCAACAAGGAUGAUCUUGCCGACUUCAUCAAACCAGUUGUCAUAAAAACCGGAAAAGACGCAGCCUUCAAUCUGAACUUUGUGGGCCGUGAACCCAUGAAGAUCCAAUGGUACAAUGAAGGUGAAGAGUUGCUGGAAGACACUCAUACCAGAAUUGAGAAGUCCGGCUCUCACAGUCGCCUGCUGCUUCUGAAGUGCAACCGCAAAACCAGAGGAGAAAUAAAAAUAAAGAUUAAAAAUGAAUUUGGAACAACAGAAGCCAUCACCCAGCUCAUUGUAUUAGCAUUCGCUGGACCUCCAACCGGACUAAAAGUCAUAAGUGCUUUUAAAGACUGCAUCAACCUUGCCUGGUCUGCACCUUCAAAUACCGGUGGAACCAACAUUUUGGGAUACAAUGUGGAGAAACGAAAGAACGGCAGCAAUCUUUGGGGCCUCGUUAACCCACCAGAUGAACCCGUUAGAGAGAAAAAGUAUGCGGUGAAAGACGUUGUUGAAGGCAUCGAGUAUGAGUUCCGUGUUUCGGCAAUCAACAUUUCUGGUGUCGGCGAGCCAAGUGCACCGUCCGAGUUUGUCGUUGCACAAGAUCCAAAAAAGCCGCCUGGAAAAGUCACAGACUUGAAGGUGAUUGAUUCGACAUACACCACCUUAUCUUUAAACUGGAUUAAACCUAAGGAAGUUGAAGGGGUCCAGGAUGAAGCCAAGGGGUAUUUUGUGGAGCUCAGACCAGCAGAGAACCCAGAAUGGAGUCGGUGUAACUCCAACGCUAUCAUCAUGAACUCCUUCACCAUCAUGGGUCUCAAGUCUAUGGCAAUGUAUUGGGUGAGAGUAGUCGCCACCAAUGAGGGUGGAGAUGGUGAACCUCAAGAGUUGGACAACUACAUCAUCGCCAUGCCUCCCCCGGUGAGACCUCGUUUUACUGACAAGAAAAUGAAGAACUUCUUAGUAACAAGAGCUGGGAACUCCGCAAGGCUCAACUAUAACUUUGAGGCUUCUCCGAUACCGACUAUUACAUGGCUCAAGGAUGGUCUGCCCGUCCCCAAGCAUGUGACAGUGAGCAAUUCGGACACGUCAUCUCAGUUAAUGAUCGCUUCAUCCGAGCGUCAGGACACUGGGAUCUACACUCUUAUCUUGAAGAAUAUUGUCGGUCAGGAGACCUCAAGUGUUGAGAUAAGAGUGACAGAUGACCCCAAGCCUCCAGGCCCAGUGGAGUUGGAAGAAAACGUGACCGGAACGGUCACAGUUGCCUGGACUGCCUCUCCGGAUGAGAAGAAAGACGACAGGCUACACUACAUGAUCAGCAGACGUGACUCCGUCAAGCGUACAUGGCAAACUGUCGCUGACCAUGUCUUUAACAACAAGUUCACUGCCAUCAAUAUCAUGCCAGGGAGGCAAUAUAAGUUCCGGGUCUACGCUAAAAACGACAUGGGGACUUCUCGGCCUUCAGAGUCGCCCACCUGGGAGGUGAAGAGAGAGAAAGAAUCAUUUUCUUUGAACCUUCCGGCCUCAAAGGACUGCAGCUUCGAGGCACCUCCUGCCUUCUCUGUUCCAUUAAAAAUGCGGAACACUCCCGAGAGCUACGAAUGCUACAUGAGCUGCGCCGUGACGGGAAACCCCAAACCGUAUAUCACUUGGUACAGAAACAACAUCAGCCUGAACACCAACACCAACUACUACAUCACCAACACGUGCGGGGUGUGCUCCAUGGCCAUACUCAAGGUGGGGCCCAAGGACAGCGGGGAGUACACCAUCGUGGCAGAGAACGCUCUGGGCAGAGUGGAGUGUUCAACUAAACUUGUUGUCAAAGAUUAGGUGGCAUACUGGUGAACGACCCCUGCUCCUUUCAGAGGAACAAAUAUAGUGGAAAAGUGUUGCCAUUAGAAUUAUUAUGAACGAGUUUAACAGGUAAAUGUCAGAAAG